GGAACCGCGCUCCGGCCUCCCACUGUCCCGUGCUUGUCUGCUCUCGGCUCGUCCUGCCCUGCGAAAUCCACACGAUCACUGCGUUCCUGUUUCCACCUCAAAGCCACUUGGACCACGGGCUGUCACGGGGUAGACCGUACAAAGGUCGCUCACAGCCGUGACAACCUUCGAGCCUACGCUGCCCCUUCGAGGCCCGAGGCCCCAGCCCCGCAGCCCGCCUCCCACCGUCCGCGGUGAGACGAUACCAAGAGCCCUCGCGCGACGGCCUGAGGAGGCGGAAUUUGGAGAACUUCACUUUCCCUGCCCGAACUUAAAAUGGCGCGGAUGGAGUCGGCAAGGGCGACAGUGGGCGGGGCGGGGCGGGGGCGGGGUCUGGGCGGGGCCAGGUGGAGAGGUCUCUGCGGUGCGGCCGGGCCCCAGGCUUCUCCGUCACGGUCGCGAGUGAGCGCGUCGCCUCUGAGGGGCGACAUGCGGCCCUCGGCCUCCCGUCUGGCGGCGAGCUACGGCGAAGACGGCGCGGACAGCACCCCGCUCCUGCUGGGCGCACGGCGGGCCGAUGCUGCUCCAGUGUGCUGCUCUGCUCGUUAUAACUUAGCAAUUUUGUCCUUUUUUGGUUUCUUCGUUCUCUAUGCCUUACGUGUGAACCUGAGUGUCGCAUUAGUGGAAAUGGUAGAUUCAAACACAACUGCAGCAGACAAUAGAACUUCUAAGGAAUGUGCAGAGCAUUCAGAUCUCGUGAAAGUUCCUCAUAAUCAAACGGGUGUUACCUUUCCAGCCAUGCACACUAUGUGGUCUUCUUGGGCUCCCCCUCUUGAAAGAAGCAAGCUUCUCAGCAUCUCAUACGCAGGAGCACAGCUUGGGACGGUGGUUUCACUUCCUCUUUCUGGAAUAAUUUGCUACUAUAUGAAUUGGACUUAUGUCUUCUAUUUUUUUGGUAUACUUGGAAUAUUGUGGUUUAUUUUGUGGACCUGGAAAGUUAGUGAUACACCAGAAACGCACAAGACAAUCUCCAGUUAUGAAAAGGAAUACAUCACCUCAUCGUUAAAAAGUCAGCUCUCUUCGAGGAAGUCAGUGCCAUGGAUUCCCAUUUUGAAAUCACUGCCGCUCUGGGCUAUUGUCAUGGCACAUUUUUCUUACAACUGGACUUUUUAUACCUUAUUGACCUUGCUGCCUACUUACAUGAAGGAGAUCCUGAGGUUCAAUGUUCAAGAGAAUGGGUUUCUGUCUGCGCUGCCAUACUUUGGCAGUUGGCUGUGCAUGAUCCUGUCCGGUCAGGCCGCCGACAGCUUAAGGGCAAAGUGGAAUUUUUCAACUCUCUGUGUUCGCAGGACUUUCACGCUUAUAGGAAUGAUUGGGCCCGCGGUGUUUCUGGUGGCUGCUGGAUUUAUAGGCUGUGACUAUUCUUUGGCAGUCACGUUCCUGACCAUAUCAACAACACUGGGAGGCCUUUGCUCUUCCGGAUUUAGCAUCAACCAUCUGGAUAUCGCUCCUUCGUACGCCGGGAUCCUGCUGGGCAUCACCAACACGUUCGCCACCAUUCCAGGUAUGGUUGGGCCCGUCAUUGCCAAGAGUCUGACCCCUGAGGUCACUCUCGGAACGCCCGCAGCUCUCCUGCAGACGGACCCCGUCCCUGUCACACUGCACCCCCACAUCCCAGACCCUCAGCCCGGCCUCCUCAGCCCAGCCAAUGGCUCCCAGCUCAGGACCUGGGCUCCACUGUUCCUGACUCACAGGACACCAUUACCGAAUGGCAAACUGUUUUCUAUAUUGCUGCUGCUAUCAAUGUAUUUGGAGCCAUUUUCUUCACACUGUUCGCCAAAGGUGAAGUGCAGAUCUGGGCUUUCGGCGAUCACCAUGGACACAGAAACUGAGGACACAGAUGAGCCCUCCGUCUCCAUUAUUCCUCAUCAUGUAACCUCAGAGUGCCUUCGGGUUCUAACGUGUAAGGAUUUUGUGUGCAAACUGGAACCUGUAUUAAAUUUGUAAGGCUUGUAAUCAUGAAAUGUCACUGUUGCCAGAUUAGUAAAAUGAGCUCUUUUCAAUUAAUAAUAAUAUGCGCUGAGCUGGGGAUGUAGCUCAGUGGUUCCGCCGCCUGCCUCACAAGCUCAAGGUCCCGAGUUCAGUUCCCGAUACCAAAAAAAAAUAUCAGCUGGGCCUGGACCUUAUGCUUUCGGUUCCACUCCUGCCCACGAGCCAGGCUACGUGAGCAGGGGCGUUCUGGUUUUUAAGGACCACGCUGCUGGGUUCCCCGGUUACUUGGGCUUAGUGAAACGAGAUGCUGACUCUCAGGUCUUGGUAACACCUGCUUUUGCCCACUUUCCUCCUAACACUUCCUGUUCCCGCUCUCGCCCCCUGGGUGCCGGCCGGCAGCUGCCCACACUCCGACCCUGCCCCGGACCUCAGGCAGCACCCGCGCCCUGCACCCUGCGUCUGUGUCCGCUGCUGUCCCGGGGCCACUGUGAGGGGCCCCAGCUCAAGGGGACCCCACUCCAGGCCUCCCCGACUGCGCCCCGGGCACCCCCACGACUCGACAAAGACAGCUGUCCCGGAUCUGAGGAUGAAUUGCUAACUUCUCCCUUUCGAUCCGAAUCAGAAUUAAAAACAAAAACGUGUAAGUCCGGCUUUUUCUUCGCUCUGCCUCCCUGCGGCUCCUGGGGCGUUAGGCGGAACCCGGCUGAGGACCUCGCUGGCCCAGCUCCUGCCUGGCCUCGAAGGGCUCAAGGGCUCGGGCUCAGCCCCGGCUGCAGAAAUGAGACAGUGAGGUUCCCGUGGCUCGCAGGCCACCCGCUGCGGCCAGUAAAUCAUCUUCAUUUUGAGCUCUGAAAUCAGAUUUUUGCAGCUUUUUUUCCUGACUCCUCUGUUGACCCUACUUGAGGGGUAAAAUGGAUUCCACAUACGGUUUACAGUUUUAUUGUGUUCAACACUACCCGUAACAUUUUAAUUAAAACUUUAACACGA